ACCUGCGUUGUUUCCCAUCGCAACGUUUACACUCUAAAUUCUUUCCUGUAAAUACAAUCUGGAAACGUAAAAAAAACGCGAACAGGAUAAGUGGAAAUUUUCAACUGUUAGUAACUGUUUAUUGAAAACAAUGCCGAAAGCAAGUGACAGCCUGUGGGAGAUUGCCGUGGCCGAGGUGCAGAGCCGAGAGAUUGGAGGCAGCGGGGAGGAGGGAAUGGAGGUGGAGGUCGGGGAGAGAGCCGUGUUCUUCAUGGGCAACAAGAGCGGGGGCAAGACAUCGAUCAUUCUGAGGUGUCUCGACAGAGACGAGGCACCGAAACCCACUUUAGCACUGGAGUACACUUUCGGAAGGAGAGCAAGAGGACACAACACGCCAAAAGACAUUGCUCAUUUUUGGGAAUUAGGUGGAGGUUCCUCACUCUCAGAUCUCAUACAGAUUCCCAUCACGACCGACAAUGUAAGGUCUCUGUCUGUCGUUGUUGUUGUGGACCUCUCGAAACCCAGUGAUCUCUGGCUCACCAUAGAGAAGCUCCUGCAGGUGACUGGAGCGCAGGUGAACAAGGUCUUCACUGAGCUGAUGAAGAGCGACACCAAAGCCAACAAAGAGAUGAGACAGCGAGGCGCAAGGACUCUGCCAAAGGACUAUCCGGACCGUGAGUUCAUUGAUCCGUUCCCUGUUCCUCUGCUUAUAAUAGGAAGCAAGUUUGAUAUUUUUCAGGAUUUUGACUCGGAGAAGAGGAAGGUCAUUUGCAAGACACUGCGAUUCAUCGCGCAUUAUCAUGGAGCCUCAUUAGUUUUCACCAGCAUCAAGACUGAAAGUCUAAUGUCUAAAACACGGAGUCUGAUUAAUCACCUCGCGUUCGGAACAGAAAGAGGUAAAUCUGUAUCCUUAGACCAGAACAAGCCAUUGUUAAUCCCUGCUGGGAUGGAUUCACUGGGUCAGAUUGGUUCUCCCCCUGCCUCUGAUGCUGAUAUUGGGAAGCUGCAGGCUAAGACCCCCCCGGACCUGUGGAAGAAGGUGUACGAGAAGCUGUUCCCACCCCAGAGUACCAGCGCUCUGAAAGACAUCAAAGACCCAGCCAAAGAUCCACAGUAUUCUGAACCUGAGAUCGAUGCAAUGAGAGCACAGAAGGACCAGGAACUGGAACAAUACAAGAGGAACGCAUCAAAGUCCUGGAAAGGGAUGGACCUGGAUUCUCGGCACAGUUAGGAUUUGCACUUCCAUGCUCAUCACAGAGCGCCUCGAUUCUCUAGUUAAGAGCAAAGAUUCUGUGAUCCCUGUGUCAAUGGGUGAUGCAUCUCCAAAAAACAAUCACACUGCUGUGCAGCGUUUGUGUUUCACAGAGAGCUACAAACACAAUGACUGUGUUCAUCAAGUAGUGUCUCCCAACACUGUGAUGCAGGAAGAGUUUGAAAGCACACCCUGUGUAUAUACCAUUAAUAUUUUGUUAUAAUAGUAAUUGAAUAAACUAUACACAAAUGCAUUUUAUAUAAUACUUUUUUUGUGGAUUUAUGUUACGGAGUGCAUAACAACAGUACAUUUUUGGAAAACACAUUUUAGUGAUCGGGGCAGAGAAUACUUCUUGAGCAUUCAUCUAGUAUAGUGGUUAUUCCACAAAUAACCGAAUCAAUUGCAAGCAGGUUGCUUAUGUCUGUUGCUAUAAGUGAAGUAAGCACAGGCCUCCAUUUGAAAUUAGAAGGAGACAAACCUCAGACAGAGGGUCUGAGUAGUGAGUGUAUGGAAUAGGUUACCAAGCCACGCUAUUGCUGCUUAAUCUUAAAAAAAAAAAAAAAAAGAAAACAACAAAAAAACAGUAAGGUAAAGUUGUGGGUCAAUCUGCUGCUACUGAGGAACCAGACUAGCAUUGAUGGGGGUAAAUGGCCUCCACUCAUUCAUAACAUUUCUCAUAUUUGUAGGUAAGAUCACGUACAUAGAAAAACAGUGAAAAGCACUGUUCCAUUUCCACUGAGCAAUGGGCUUGCUCAGAAAGAAUGUAGAGGGUGCAGAAUACAGGACAGAUCAGAGGGUGCAGAAUACAGGACAGAUCAGAGGGUGCAGAAUACAGGACAGAUCAGAGGAUGCAGAAUACAGGACAGAUCAGAGGGUGCAGAAUACAGGACAGAUCAGAUGGUGCAGAGGGUGCAGAAUACAGGACAGGUCAGAUGGUUCAGAGGGUGCAGAAUAAAGGACAGAUCAGAAGGCAAUCUUGUGCAGAAGCAAGGUGUUUCUAAUGGUCCAAGAAUGUUACUAACCCACAUGAUAAACCCCCUUAAGAAACAGAUUCAUAUAGUUCACAAUAAUAACAUAUUUUUAUUUAAUAAUUGUUUAAUAUAUAUUUUUUACAUUUACAGUACAC